UUAACUCAUUUGUAGCUGUGAAAGGAAAAAUAGAAUAGAAAGGGCAAGACUAGAGAGACUAGAGUAUUAUCACUUAUUAGCUCCAGAGGCUCACUUCUUCGACUUCCUGAACUGAGACUCAAGGCUAAAGGUGGAGGACCAGUCCUUGAGACCAGCUUUCACUUGCAGUUGAAACAGAUUGUGAAGACAGCAAUUCAUCUGUGAAUCUGCAAGAAGAGUAACUCGCAUUUUCCAGGGACCCACUACCCAUCAGAAAUCUUCUGAAGCCUAAUCUCACCAGUCACCGUCUGAAAAGCUUAAGUUUACUGUACAGUAAAAGGGUCAGGAGGUCUGAUCCUGAUAGCAGAACCAUCCCUGUUUACAGAAUCUUGGAUACCUGCUUUAUUUUCUAGGCUGUGUCUCCUACUCCAUUCUUACAGACCAACUCAGAAGAUCUGUAAAAUCUGGGAACUCACUAGGCAUUCUUGGAAAGGAAAGAAGGAAGAUUGUUGGUUGGAAUAAAAACAGGGUUGAAUGAGUUCCAGAAAGCAGGGUUCUCAAACUCGUGGACAACAAUCUGCGGAAGAAGACAACUUCAAAAAGCCAACUAGAGGCAACAUGCAGAGAAGUAAGAUGAGAGGCGCCUCCUCAGGAAAGAAGACAGCUGGCCAACAGCCGAAGAAUGUUGAACAAGCUCUCCCAGGAAGAUGGGGGGGUCGCUCGGCUGAGAACCCCCCUUCAGGAUCUGUGAGGAAGACAAGGAAGAACAAGCAGAAGACUCCUGGGAAUGGAGAUGGCGGCAGUACCAGCGAAGCACCCCAGCCCCCUCGGAAGAAGAGGGCCCGGGCCGAUCCCACUGUCGAAAGUGAGGAUGCAUUCAAGAAUAGGAUGGAAGUGAAGGUCAAGAUCCCUGAAGAAUUAAAACCAUGGCUUGUUGAGGACUGGGACUUAGUAACCAGGCAGAAACAGCUCUUUCAACUCCCUGCCAAGAAGAAUGUAGAUGCUAUUCUGGAAGAGUAUGCCAAUUGCAAGAAGUCACAGGGAAACAUCGACAACAAAGAAUAUGCCGUCAAUGAAGUUGUGGGAGGUAUAAAAGAGUAUUUCAAUGUGAUGUUGGGCACUCAGCUGCUCUAUAAGUUUGAGAGGCCCCAGUAUGCUGAAAUCCUGUUGGCUCACCCUGAUGCGCCGAUGUCCCAGGUUUAUGGAGCACCACACCUACUGAGAUUAUUUGUGAGAAUUGGAGCAAUGUUGGCUUAUACGCCCCUUGAUGAAAAGAGCCUUGCUCUAUUGUUGGGCUAUUUGCAUGAUUUCCUAAAAUAUCUGGCAAAGAAUUCUGCUUCUCUGUUUACUGCCAGUGAUUAUAAAGUGGCUUCUGCUGAGUACCACCGCAAAGCCCUGUGAGGGUCUACUGACCACUCACCAUUAAUGUCUGGUAUCUGUAAAACACUUUUUUUUUGUUCUUAGUCUUUUUCUUGUAUAAUUGAUGUUCUUUAAAAUUGUUAAUGUAUAACAGGGCUUAUGUUUCAAUUUGUUUUCUGUUCUAUAUUAAACAGAAAAUAAAAGGAGUGCAAACUCCUUUUCUCAUUUCAGAGUUGCUACCAGUGUAUGCAGUAAUUAGAAAAAGAAGAAAAAUUCAGUAGAACAUUUUAUUGCAUAGUUGACAACAUUGCUUGAACGCUGGUGGUUCCAUCCCUUUGACACUACACAAUUUUCUAAUCUGUGUUAAUGCUAUGUGAUAAAAAAAAAAUGCCCUGAUUCCUAGUGCCAAAGGUUCAACUUAAUGUAUAUACCCGAAAACCCAUGCAUUUGUGCUCUUUUUUUUUUUUAUGGUGCUUGAAGUAAAAACCGCCCAUCCUCUGCAAAUCCAUCUAUGUUGUUCCUUAGGCAUCCUAUCUUUGCUCAAAUUGUUGAAGGAUGGUGAUUUGUUUCAUGGUUUUUGUAUUUGAGUCUAAUGCACGUUCUAACAUGAUAGAGGCAAUGCAUUAUUGUGUAGCCACGGUUUUCUGGAGAAGUUGAUAUUUUAGGAAUUGUAUUUCAGAUCUCAAAUAAAAAUUGUUUCUAAGUUUCAAAGCAAGAAA